AUGAAGUUCGGGAGGGAGCUAGCUUCCCAAAUGGUCCAGGAAUGGCAGGCAGCAUACGUCGACUACCAAGGCCUCAAAAAGCUCCUCAAAAGCCAUGUCACAUUAGGGAAUGACCCCGAGCUGUCGUCGUCGUCGUCGUCGCCGCUGCCGCCGGAGGUGUCACAAUCGCGGUCACUGAAGAGGAGGAUCACAUUGUACAGAGCCUUCAGCGGCUUCAACAACCUCAGGGGAUCCCCGAAGAAGGCCGACGAAGAGGUCAUUCUAGUGAGCUCCGUGCAGCAGGAAGGAUCCGAUCGGAACUAUUACCAGACGAUGUUCCUCCGCUCGUCCGACGAGGGCGGCGAGAUCGAGGUCGAGUUCUUCAGGAAGCUCGAUGAAGAAUUCAACAAGGUGGUGAAAUUUUACUCGGAGAAGGUCGAGCAAGUGAAGGCGGAGGCGGAUGUGUUUACUAAACAAAUGAAUGCCCUAAUUGCUUUGAGGAUUAUAGUCGAUAAGCCUUCCACGGAACUAGGUCAGAUUUGGAGAAUUUUAGGGCUUAUGUGGUUUUGGGGAUUCAUUCAUAAUGCACAAGUUGAUUGCGCUCAUCUUAUACAGAAACGUAAUGUGGAUCGCAGUUGGAUUCAAGAGGUUGAGAUGAGCUCCGAAGGCGAUGAUGUGAUGGCUAAGAGAAACAAGGAUUUUAAGCCUGCUUCUUUGGAUGUGUUGGAUCAUGUAAAGAUCAACGUCGAACCGGAUGCUCCAGCUUCAACCUUGAGAAAUAUGGUUGGGAGUUCCAAAUCGGAUUUAUCGUACAGCAAGGAUGAGCUGACCAAGGCGGAAAUGCAACUGAGACACGCCUUGACUGAAUUUUACCAGCAGCUAAGGUUGCUCAAAAGCUACUGUUUCAUGAAUGUUCUUACCUUCUCCAAGAUAAUGAAGAAGUACGACAAGAUCACCUCGAGGAGCGCUUCAUCAGCUUAUUUACAGACGGUGGACAAAUCUUGUCUUGGCACCUCUGACGAGGUGAACAGGAUCAUGGCAAGAAUAGAAGCUACAUUCGUCAAGUACUUUGCAAAUGGAAAUCGUAGGAAAGGGAUGAAAUCUUUGAAGCCGGGGCAUAAAAGGGACAAGCACAGAACAACGUUCUUCCUUGGUCUGUUUACUGGUUGCUCGAUAGCACUUGUUGCCGCCAUUAUGGUCAGUCUGCAUGUUCGUGCUCUCCUGGAUCCGGAGGAACGGACAAAAUACAUGGAAUCCAUAUUUCAACUCUAUAGCUUGUUUGGUUUCAUUGUCCUGCACAUGCUCAUGUAUGGUGUAGACACGUUUCUCUGGAGGCGAUAUCGGGUGAACUACCCCUUUAUAUUUGGAUUCAGACCUGGAACAGAACUAGGCUUUAGAGAAAUCUUCCUCCUUGCUUCUGGCCUAUCAGUACUCUCAUUGGUAGCCGUGCUUUCAAACCUCGACAUGGAGAUGGAUCCAGAUACAAAAGAAUAUAGUACUCUAACGGAAUUGGUUCCGUUAACCUUGGUCCUUGUUGUGUUUAUGAUAACCUUCUGCCCGUUCAACAUAAUAUAUCGUUCAAGCCGUUAUUUUCUCAUACGCUGUGUAUGGCAUUGUCUUUGUGCUCCACUUUACAAGGUCACUCUUCCUGAUUUCUUCUUGGCCGAUCAGCUAACAAGUCACGUGCAAAGUCUCAGAGGUUUGCUCUUUUAUGGCUACUACUACUUUUUUGGAGAUUUCACAACACGGUCAAAUGGGUUCCUGACGAAGAGCAAAUACUAUCAUAUUAUGUACAUUGUUGUUGCCAUCAUCCCGUACUGGUCGCGUUUUCUUCAGUGCCUUCGACGCUUAAUUGAGGAGAAAGAUAACAAUCAAGCUGUGAAUGCCUUUAAGUAUUUCUCAACAGUUGUGGCGCUUGUGAUGAGGACAAUAUUUAGUCAAAAGAAAAAGGCACCUAGCGCCAUGUUUUGGAAAAUCAUGGCAACAUCAACGUCGGGAUUUACAACCAUCUUCAACACAUAUUGGGAUAUUGUCGUUGAUUGGGGCCUUAUGCAAAGGAAUUCAAGAAAUCCAUGGCUGAGAGACAAGCUGCUGAUUUCUAACAAGGCUGUAUACUUUGUUGCCAUUGUAGUAAACAUGCUUCUGAGGCUAGUAUGGAUGCAGCUAGUUCUUGAUUUUCAAAUUUCGUUCCUCCAUCCAAAGGGUAUGGUUGCACUCAUUGCCUGCUUAGAGAUCCUGCGUCGUGGCAUGUGGAACUUCUUUAGGGUGGAGAAUGAACACUUCAACAACGUUGGAAAAUAUCGAGCUUUCAAGACAGUGCCACUGCCGUUUCACUAUGAAGAUGAGAAGAUCAUGUGA